GGUCAACUUACAACUGAGGUUCUGUGCAGACUUUUAAGAUUUUUUAUAGUUCUUCCUCAGUGAUUUAUGGAGGUCUGCAGCUGAGGAUCAAUAUCAUAUAAAGAUAUUUUAACAGCCAGUGCACUGAACAUUCUUAAAAAUGGAGCAGAUUGCAGACCUGAGACAUUCAUCUACAGUGUCCACAUUGCCCUCGAUGGCUCAUCCUGCUGAUUCCUACCAACAGGGGAAUAUGAGGAUGAAACUGGAAUAUUCAGAGCUCUGGAAAUCAUUUCAUGACAUUGGGACUGAAAUGGUUAUCACUAAAUCUGGCAGGAGGAUGUUUCCAUAUUGCAAUGUAAGUGUGUCUGGUCUUCUGCCAUAUGCCAAGUACUUCAUCAUGGUGGACAUGGUCCCAGUGGACAAUUCCAGGUACAAGUGGAAUAACGAUCAGUGGGAGGUGGCAGGAAAGGCAGAGCCACAACCUCCAUGUAGAACAUACAUACAUCCAGAUUCUCCUGGUUUGGGUAGCCAUUGGAUGAAGCAGCCCAUUUCUUUUCUCAAACUGAAGCUCACCAACAAUCCACUGGACCAGAGAGGCCAUAUCAUUCUGCAUUCGAUGCAUCGCUACAAGCCUCGCUUCCAUGUGGUGCAGGCUGAUGACCUUUAUAGCGUCCGAUGGAGCGUCUUCCAGACCUUCACAUUCUCUGAAACCACCUUCACAGCAGUCACGGUUUACCAGAACACCAAGAUCACAAAGCUGAAGAUAGACCAUAACCCCUUUGCAAAGGGAUUCAGAGAAGAGGGAACCCAUGGCAAAAGGAACAGAGCUCAAAAAAGUCAACUGUGUUCAGAGAAUUCAGCAAAAAAACUAAAGUCUUCAGAAAAGGAGCCAGAGUUCAGAUGUUUCCAAGAUGUACCAAGGCUUCCAUAUGACCCUCACAGAGAGGAUUCAGAAACCCUGACGCUUUCCAAAGAAGUACCGAUGGCCCAGGAUGAGCACAUGUCUCCAUGGGGAGGAGAGCAGGAACCUGGCCAAAAUCUGCACAGUGAGGGAGCCAUGGACUACACAAACUCAGAGCAGCUUGUUCCAGGACAAGCCAACUACCAAUUGCAAAGAAGUCAUGAGUUUGGGAAGAUUUCCUCACCCUCUUGCACAGAUUCCCAAACUGACUGCCAGGGAUUUGAUUCCCGAUCUACUGACAUGGCCACUGUUCCUGAGCAGGAGCUUUCAAGUCCUCAGUCUUCUAUGAGUCUGUGUUCUUCUCAGAGAAAACCGCUAGAUUUUUCCAUGACCACCAGUAUUGGAGGGUGCUCCAAAUCCAGGUCAGGACUGCCACUGUACAGUCAGUAUAACAUGGAGCAGCCUUUAGGUCAUUGGAGUGGAACUUUAGCAGGGCAGUAUUCAAGCCCCACCUACCCUCAACCACACCCACAUCCACAUCACCUGAUGACAGAGCGCAGCAUCCAUCCCUCUGGAUAUCACCACAACAACAUGGCAGAGUGGAGUCAGUACUCUCUCUUUUCCUACUCUUGCUGA